CCUUCCACCAACCUACCCUCACUGAAUGCCAUCAGCAUGGGGGACAGCAAGUACCUCUUCUCUGUGGCCCUAACCUGGAACCAGGGGCCACAGAAACUAAAGAAGCUGAAGAAUAAACUCCAGGCUUAUUUCCAGAGCAAGAACAAAUCAGACGGAGGAGAGUGUGAGAUCCGAGACACCGACUGCAGCCGGGGACACGUCCUCAUACACUUCAAGGAUGAGACAGCACGAGAUCGGGUUCUGAAAAGAAAGACUCAUGAGCUGAAAUUACCAGAUGGGGAGAUAUUACAUCUGGAGGUCCAGUCACCAGAACACCUACAGAGUACAAAGACCCCUCUACCCGCACAGGAUAAGGAUGCGACAUGUAAAGCAGAGAAGAGCCAGGAACUCCCAGGGAAACCAACUCCAAAGAAAGAAGAGGCGUCACCCAGAUGUCUAUCCUCUCUGGUCCUGAUUGAGAACCUCGAAGACAACUGCACUCCAGAUAUAAUAAACCUCCUGGUGGAGAAUAUCAGUGGGAAAGCCAUGGACACGGACUUCCACAUAGAGAGGAUUCCAGAGGUCCAAUCUGCUGUCAUCACCUUCACGUGUGAUAUAGAUACUGCAGAUUUCAUUGGAAAAUUCUCCGGGAACCCACGAGUACAACGGCAGAAAAUAACAGCGAAGAGUCUGGAAGAUACAAGAACUGUCCGAGUGGAGGGGAUCCCCCCCAAUACCCCGGAGGACAUGGUCAUCCUUUACUUUGAGAGCACAAAGAACGGAGGAGGGAAUGUAGAAGAUACGGUCAUGUUAUCAGAUGAAAGUCAUUGCCUAUAUGGAAAGGAAGGUCAUCAUACAGCAAUACCUGAUUCGGUAGAAAUCCCCAUCUGUCCACAUAUAUUGGAAUUUAUUCUGAAGGAUGCGCAGAUAAAACUAAAUGUUGAAAAAGCAAUGGCGGAUGUUUACUGUGACAUCACAUGGCCAAAUUUAGAUCAACCUUCUCCCUUCAUCAAGCUGUCUUUCCCCAUGGCCCUCUCCAGUCAUCCCCGGACCUUGGCAAAGAUACUUCCAACAUGGAAGCAUAAUAUCCACAAAGAGUUUGAACUUUUAAUAUCAAAGUAUAAAGUCAUAGAGUGUGACCUGAAGCCACCAGUGUGGGAAGCCAUCAAAGAAAAAAUAUCCAGUUCAUCAUAUGAUGGCCUCCUCAUAAAACCAGUCUUAGGUGCAGAAAAGGCUUAUAUUGUGGGCAUUUCAGAAGAAGUUAUGAAGAUUGAGCCAAUAUUCAGAAACCUAGUAGAAGGAACCACUAGACAACUGAGCAGAGUGGUAGAAGAUGUGCGGCUUGAACCCGCGGCUUAUAAAUUAAUGAUUGCACAUGAUCUGGAGAAAAGCAUCCUGGAAGAUUCUCCACAUGUGAAGAUUAGCUAUGAUGGAACGUCUAAGACAAUCAAACUUCAUGGGCCAAAAGAUGAAGUUCUUACUGCCAAAUGUGAAAUUCUCAAUACACUUCAAGGCCUGAAAUCCAAGCUUGCUCACCUCGAUCCACACACCAUCCAGUUUCUGAAGGCAGCAGACAAUGAAGAACUGUCAUGUAGUCUCCUUACGAGUAAGAACAUUAGAGCAACAUUUCAGGUGGAAGAUAAUGCAGUCAUGAUAACUGGUUACUCCGAUAAAGAUCUGAGAAAUGCUGAGGAAACCCUGAUAAAGGAAUUGGUCUGUAAGAGGAUUUCUGUUGAGGAUAAAAUUGUCACUCAGAGUCCAAAGUGGAAAAGUCUGAAGAGCAACCUAAUGGAGAUGUUUAAUGAUGGUGGGAUAAACGUUACCAUAGAGGAGUUCCCUGUGGUGGAUGGAAAUGAGGUGGUGAUUGCUGGUUUGUCUUCAGCUGCACAAGAAACAUACCAGCAAAUCCAUGACUUUGUGGAGAAGAACACUAUGGUACAGAAGGCCAUCAAGCUGAAGUCAGUGGCAGUUGUGCAGUUUAUGGAGGAAGAAAGGAGUCAGGAAUGGAAAAGAAUAUCACAGAAUGUGAAGGUUGCAAAGAAACAGAGCUUCAUCUCCUUGUCUGGCCCGAAGCUAUAUGUGGAGGAGGCAGAAACCGGCAUAAGAAAAAUGAUUUCCAAUCUUUGUUCUGACACCUUACACAGUACUAAACCCGGGGUCAAAAAAUUCUUCCUUGAAAAUGAAGAUAUGUAUGUUACUACAGUAAGACAAAACCACAAAUGUGUGAUACAAUUACAGAAGGAAGUAGAUGAGAACAUUUCUCAUUUAGGUGAACCUCAUUGCCAAGUCAGCCUCCAGAAUGGAGCCACAAUGACUCUAUAUAAAGGUGACCUGUGCCAGCACAAUGCUGCUGAUGUCAUCAUAAUUGCAUCAAAUAAAACUUUAAAGCCCACUGGGGCACCAGCACUGGCUGUGGUGGAAGCAGCAGGGCCCAAUCUUCAGAAGGAAUGUAAAUCCAUUUUUCAGAAGGAAGGCGAGCUGGAGCCAGGGGAGUGUGUAAUAACAGACGCCGGUAAUUUACAAUGUAAGAAGAUGAUUCAUGCACUUGGUCCCAAAUGGGAUAAAAGGGGAAAUUCAAAAUGUGAACGUCUUCUACGGAAAGCGAUAACCCGCAGCUUGAAGAUGGCUGCAGAGAAUGGCCAAAGCUCUGUUGUACUUUCUGUUGGUGACUUUGUUACUUCUGGGUGUCCUUUGGACCUGUGUGUGGAAAACAUUGUUAAAUCCAUAAAAUCAUACACAGAAAGCCAAGAAGGAGCCAACACCAUCAAAAACAUUCACCUCGUGGAAAAUGAUGGCGACAUUUUAAAGAUUAUCACAGAAUUCUUAAAUGAAGAGUUUGAAGAAAAAAAUUUGCAGGUUAUUCCGAAACAUGGCAUGAAAAAGCAGAAGAAGAAGACUCAGAAGAAAAGGGAAGUGACGAACAAAGCCAAUGAUCAAAUGGUGACCACCAAAGAAGGGCUGAAUAUCAUUAUAGAACAAGGAAAUAUUGAAGAUGCAAUGACCAAUGUGGUUGUGAACAGUGUGGGGAAGGAGCUCGAUCUUGGUUCUGGAGCCGUGUCCAAGGCUCUGUUCAGGAAGGCCGGAAACAACCUUCAGGAUCUUCUGAAUACAGAGAGAAAAGGAAAGGAGGUGGUAGACGGAUCCAUAAUCAUUACCGAUGGCUGUAACCUGUCCUGUGACAUUGUUGUCCAUGCUGUGGUUCCAGAGUGGGAUGGUGCAAAUGGUUCUUCUGAGAAGAUUCUUAGAAACAUUAUGAGGGACUGUCUGAGUACUACGGAAAACAAACAAUACAGAUCAAUCACCAUCCCGGCGAUGGGAACUGGAAUUCUAGGGUUCCCCAGGAAUACUGUGGCUGCAAUAAUGUUUGAGGAGAUUCUGGAGUUCAGCAGCAAGAAUAAGCCCCAACAUCUGAAACAAGUGAAUCUCAUUCUGCACCCAAAUGAUAUAGAAACGAUAAAGGUCUUUACCUCUGAGCUGGAGAAAAAGAUCAGCACUGGAGGACAGAAGAAAGAAAUCAAACCGCAAUCUCUCUUUGGAAAUGUGAAAAGCCCAGCGAAUAAUGUUUAUGAGAUGAAGGUUGGAUCUGUCACCUAUCAGGUGAAAACUGGAGAUAUAACAAAGGAAACAUGUGAUGUUCUCAUCAACUCAACCAAUAACACGUUCAACCUAAAACAAGGGGUUUCUAAAGCCAUCCUGGAGGGAGCCGGGCUUAAUGUUGAAAUUGAAUGUGCCAGACUCAGUACCCAACCCAACAACGGGUAUGUGAUCACAGGAGGAGGAAAUCUGCCAUGUAAGAAUAUAAUACAUGUUGCCGGACAAACUAAACCACAGGUCAUAAAGCAAUGUGUGAUAAACGCCCUACACAUGUGUGAGAGACAACAAGCGACUUCAGUGGCCUUCCCAGCCAUGGGAACAGGUGCCGGUGGUGUGCCCUCUGCAGCAGUGGCUGAAGCAAUUCUAGAUGCUGUGGUGGAUUUUGUCAAAUCUAAAUCAGCCGUAACCGUCCAAAAUGUGAUGAUGGUGAUAUUCCAGCAACAAAUGCUAAAAGAUUUCCAUGACAGUAUGAAGAAGAAGGAGCCUCCAACCGCAGCCAAACAACAGUCCUGGUUUAACUCUCUUACAGCCUUUUUGGGUAUAGGCCAAUCUGACAAAAAGAAUGAUGGUAAAGAAGAGGAAGAAGAAGAGGAAGAAGACAAAGUUUUUGAGCUGAGAGAAAACAUCGAGCCGGCCAUUUUUCACCUCUGUGCAGAAAGCCGUGAAUCUGUGAAUGGGGCCUUAGACUGGCUCCAAGGGCUUAUAACAAAGGAUCAGCAUGACAAUACCAUCACAGAUGACUGGAUACAGGACUUUGAUGAUAAGGACCAUGAAUUUCUGGCUCAACUUCAAAAGAAAAAUGGAGUCGGUAUUACUUUUGACUCACCACGGUCCACCAUUAAGGUGACAGGCCGCACCAGGGAUGUUCUGGAGGUCAGUAAUAAAAUCCAAGACAGGAUAAAGAGUGUGCGAGAUAAGAAGACGCAAGAACGAGAGGCUGACCUGUGCAGUAACGUGGUGGAGUGGGGAUAUCACGAAGGCACCAACUUUGUUCCCUUCGACAAAAUGACAAACUUAAAGCUAGAAAAGGGUAAAAAUGACAAAGGUUCUGUGAAUAUUGAUAUCGCCGGUGUAAAAUACACAGUGAUUAUAGAGCGGAAAACUGCAAGAGAUGCCAAAGGAAACACAAUUGAGCUUCAAAGAAAUCCGAAAAAUGCUGAGUCUCUCACAAUGCCCCCAUACUGGGAUGCCAUGGACAACACUCAGCUGAAGGUGGUACCGCUAAACAACAGCAGCCCGGACUACACAGAGGUCGUGGGUCUCUUUACACAGACGUGUCUAAUGAGAAUAAUCAAGAUUGAGAGGAUACAAAACAAACAUUUAUAUCAAAACUACCGGAUCAAGAAGAACAGUAUCGAUACCAAGAAUGGUACCAAUACCAACGAGAUGAGGCUUUUCCAUGGCACCGAGUUUGGAACAACAGAUAAUAUAAGUCACAACGGGUUCAACAGGGCCUACGCUGGGGCCAAUGCUACGAUGUUGGGGAAAGGGACGUAUUUCGCCAUUGAAGCCAAUUACUCUGCGGAUGACACAUACUCUAAACCACAUACAAAUGGAUACAAAUACAUGUACCUGGCCCGCGUCCUCACCGGUGUUUACUGUGCCGGGAAUAGCACGAUGAUCACCCCGCCAGCCAAGAGCACAUCAAACCCCACUGACUUGUACGACAGCGUCACAGAUAACGAAUCAAGACCCACCGUGUUUGUGAUAUUUAAUGACGUCCAGGCCUAUCCAGAAUACCUCAUCACCUUCACUAUGUGACCUCAGAGAGCGCAACAUGGACUAUGGGGAAGUGUCAAGACUCGCAGCAGCCUCCCUGCACAGCUCCCUGCAUC